GGGGGCGGCAGGCGAGGCUGGCUGGCUGGCGAAGCGUCUGUCCCCAUUCGGUAAAGCAGACACGGCGGGGAAGAGAGCUUUCCCGAGCUAGUCCCGCCGCGGCCCUGACGGCGUUUCCGGCCCUGUAGAGAAUUCAGAGAUCUAUACUAAAUUGAGAAACAAAUUACAACUUUCAAAAUGCUGGAAGAAGAUUUGGAGGUGGCCAUCAAGGUGGUUGUGGUUGGAAAUGGAGCUGUAGGGAAAUCUAGUAUGAUCCAGAGAUAUUGCAAAGGGAUUUUUACAAAAGACUAUAAAAAAACAAUUGGAGUUGAUUUCUUGGAAAGAGAAAUGCAAGUCAAUGAUGAAGAUGUCCGGUUAAUGCUAUGGGAUACAGCAGGUCAAGAAGAAUUUGAUGCAAUUACUAAAGCUUAUUAUAGAGGAGCCCAGGCUUGUGUGCUUGUGUUUUCAACCGUUGAUAGGGAAUCUUUUGAAGCAAUUCCUACCUGGAGAGAGAAAGUUGUAUCUGAAGUCGGAGAGAUUCCCACAGUUCUUGUUCAGAAUAAGAUUGACCUCCUGGAUUGCUCUUGUAUAAAAAAUGAAGAAGCAGAGGCGCUUGCAAAAAAACUAAAAUUAAGAUUUUAUCGGGCAUCUGUAAAGGAAGACUUAAAUGUAACAGAAGUUUUUAGAUAUUUGGCUGAGAAGUACCUUCAAAAACUUAAGCAACGAAUAAUGGAAGAUCCAGAAGUUGUACACACAAGUAGUAACAGAAUUGGUGUUUUCAAUACGGCAGGUGGAAGUCAUUCUGGCCAGAAUUCCAACUUGCUUAACGGAGGAGGUGAUGUCAUCAACCUUAGGCCAAACAAACAAAGGACCAAGAAAAGCCGAAGCCCUUUCAGCAGCUGCAGCAUACUCUAGAACUGCAAAUCAUGGUCUGACCGAGUUGUUUAACUGAUGUCCUUAAGGAACACAACUGGCUGUAGAGGUGUUUUUAUCAGUGCUUUAGCAGAGUUGCACACAAUGGACCUACACUGAUAGGGAAUAAUACUGCUGUUUAAAUGAAUGACUCGUAAUGGCAAAUAGUGAGAUCCCAACAGGGUCAGAAAUAAUACCAUUGGCCAUGCAUUCAUUUGACAUUCAGUAAGACAACUUUCUAGUUGAAAGGAAUGAUGAAUUAAUAUAUACAGUAGGUUUCAUUUUAAACAAAAUUUGAGCUGAAAGGCUUAAAUAACUUGUUCGUAAAAUAGUUUUUCUAUUUGUUAGAUCCUGUGGCUCAGAGGCAGAGCCUUAAUAAUGAAGCAAAAAUUAACAGUUUUUAAAACAGUCCAGUAUAUAUUUUGGCAAUGUUGGUAGUGCAAUAUUUGUAUGACUUAUGAAACUUAACUGCAGUGUGUAUCUGCAGAAACAUCUUCAAAGACUCAGGUAGCUAAACACAAAUUAGGUCUAGGUCGAAAGUUUUGGCAACAAAAUAAGUUGUUUCACAAAUUCAAACAUUUUUUUUUUCUAAUGGUACUGGCACAUUUCAAUUUUCUCUACACUGUGGGCCUUAACUUUUUUUAUUGUACUGUGCCAAAAAGUAAUGUUUAUGCUGCUAUAUGUCUUUAUUUUAGUCAAUUAUUAUCAGACACACACAGUACAUUCUAAAUUAUAACAGGACAAGUAAAUGAGAAAUUGUACGACCAAACAGAAUAUAGCAAGUUCCUUUUAAAAAAAAAUCCUCUAUUCAUUUACAUCCUUCAUACGUUCUUAAUGAAAAAUACAAAGUGGGUUAUCAAAAGAUUAAAGUGCGUCUUAUAUCUAAUGUGCAUUCCUAUUUAAGGCCCUUUUUCUUUUUCUGGUAUUAAACGAUGUGCCUGUUUUUGAUGACAUUGUGUGAAUGUAAAGUUCCUGUCUUAAUCUCUGUUUACCUAAUACCGAAUUCCACCAGAUGAAUGGAACUUGCUCUAAGUACACAUGCACAGAUCUCGUUGCUGUUCCACUGAUGCUAAUGUACCUCCAUGUAAUAUAUUUAGGUUCGGGAUGUUUAAAAAAUGAAGUCUUACAUUACAACAUUAUUCAUAAACCUUUAACCUUAUUUUCCCUGAUGAAAUAUGCCUCUACAAUAUUGUUUUCUGUUUACAAACUAUUCCUGCAGUAUUUCUGUUAGAAAACUUCUGCUAGCAGCUAAUUACUCUUUCUAAGAAAUGUUGAAAUAUCAAUAGUUCAGGAGCAUAAUUAUAUUCAAGACCAGAGCUGGAACUCUGCCAGCCUGAUUACAACAUUCUUUUUCUAUAUGAAUAUUAUUUUACAUUUUAUGUCUGUAAACACUAAAACAUUAUACUUAAAAGAGAUAUUACUUGUCCAAAAGUUUGUAUCUUGUAUUUUGGAACAGGGUUCUUACAUCCUGUUAAUUUAAUUAUAAUCUAAAAAUAAUUACAUUUUUUCCAGUGAUUACUUGGCCUGUUGUGUACUGAACAAUGUACCAAUCCUCAUGCUUAAGUAACCAUUUUCAUUGUUGGCAAUGAGAUGGGAUAUGAACAAUAACCCUUUUCAUUUUGAAAAAUCGGACCAAGUUUCUUCCUUUAAACAAGUCUAGUUAGUCACUAGGUGACUAUAUACAGGUCCAGAUUAUAUUUGUGUUGCAUUAUGGGACAAGAACACAGACAUAUUCAAAGUUGUUCAUUGAAAAAAGAAACAUCUUGGUUUAAAUAAGUAGGUUCUGCAUGCAUGCUAUUUUUAUAUGGAAAAUUUUACAUUAAAUGAUAGCCUUACAUGUUUA